AUGGAGUCUGGCCAUGAAAACCUGUCGAGCUCUGGCUCUUCAUGCAGUGGCACAUGUCAGGCCCCACAGUCCUCAGAGUGCGAAAAAGCUGCUGCAACUGAUUGCGCUCUACCCGAUGCAUUGGCGUACACUUGUCUAGCAGGGACGCAUCCUUUGGCCCAUAAUGUGAAGAAAGUCACUUUACCACGAACGAAAAAGGCCAAUGUACCGCCAGCAACCGUUGUGGCAUUGAUGAUACAGGAAGCACUCAGAGAAGCCGAACUAGAAUCAAGUACGGUUUCCACCAGCCUGCUGGAGUCCAUGCAUCUCGCUCAUCUCAGCCACGAUGCCAAUGUGCUGACAAGAAUUUAUUCCGCUUGUGAAAAGAUUGUAAAGACACCAAUACCAUGGUCCUACUCUCGUCACACAAGUCGCUUUCUCACAAUCUGGACUACAACACUGCCCUUCGCCAUGGUGCAGACCAUGGGUUGGCUAACUAUCCCGGCCACAGCGGUGCUCUGCUGGGCGCUCUAUGGCAUGGAGGAGAUUGGACACCUUAUAGAACAACCGUUUGUGGGUACUCGAAGCACUGACAGAGACUUGAAGACCAAACCCUACGACAUUGGCCUUCCCGUUUUUACACUCGCAAAUCAGAUCAGAUAUGAGGUGGAGCAAGUCUCGAGGAUAUCUGAACCCUUAGACCCAGGGUUUGCUCAUUGA